CGGUCGUCUCGCGCGAAGAAAAAUAAAACUAAAAACAUACAAACUCUUUCAGUGUCUGUGUUGCAGUGACUGACUGUGUAGACUAAGUGAAUGUUUUUUGAGAAAGUUACGGAGUUAAUUACUUUUUUGUAUGCCCCAAAAGUUACGUGAACUGGCCAGAUAUUUUUCCGGUUUCGAUUCCACACCAAAAUGCUGAAGCUACGACAGAAAAUCAGGAAGAAACUCCGGUGAAGAAACAUCAUCGUUCGGUGACGUAACGAUGUGACAGUCAAGUGAAUAAAACUAGACAUUUCAACACUUUGCCAAGUUCCAUAACUAUCCAAAAAUACUCCUUCCAAUUCUCCUAUAGCUAGUAAAAGUUAAAAAAUAAGUGCCAAUAAAAGUGCAAAUAACAUUCAAUACAAAAACCGUCCAUAGAGCUAGAAAAGAACAAAAGUGACAGUUAAAAAGUUCAACGAACUCUAAAAAGCAACGAUUGAUUUUAGUGCCACGAUAAAUACUGCCAGUGAUAAAGAUUUAAAAUUGGAACCAAAAAAAUAUUUGAGUUAAAAUUGAAAAAAGAACUUAAAAAGUAGAGUGGAAAAAAGUGAUGUGCUAAGUUUUCGCGAUGGAUCUGCACGCACCUCCGCUUGUAGUUCACGGUUACGAACCCCACGCCCCUCUGUUGGAAGUCGAGGGCUUGGACCCUCACAGCCCUCAGCAGAAGGUAUUGAUUCACGCGCCCACAUUGCAGAGCCAAGAGUUGAUCAGCAACGACCAUCGGAAUGGAGAGUACGACUUUUCAGAUGAGCAGUAUCACGCACACAGCAGCAACCAGAGCGGAGAUGGCCACGGCGGCGUCAAUCAACUAGGGGGUGUGUUCGUGAACGGCAGGCCGUUACCAGAUGUGGUGAGACAGAGGAUAGUGGAGCUGGCCCACAGUGGAGUAAGGCCGUGUGACAUCAGUCGGCAGCUCAGGGUGUCGCAUGGAUGCGUCUCGAAGAUACUGUCGAGGUACUACGAAACAGGCAGCUUCAAAGCGGGCGUGAUCGGGGGCUCGAAGCCUAAAGUGGCCACCCCCCCGGUGGUGGACGCCAUUGCGGCUUACAAGAGGGAGAACCCCACCAUGUUCGCCUGGGAGAUCCGGGACCGGCUGCUCAGUGAGGGGAUUUGCAGCCAAGAUAACGUGCCUUCUGUCUCCAGCAUUAAUAGGAUCGUCCGCAACAAAGCAGCAGAGAAAGCAAAGCAUGCGCAUAACCAACAACAACAACAGCAGCAAGAGCAAGAAAUUAGUUCCGCGCAAGGCAGUGUUGUUUCGGUAAUUACGCAUGCAGGCAACGCACCAGGCACGACGGCCGUCCUGUCCCCAACCACGGACCAGCACGUCACCAACACCAGCUACAGCAUCAACGGGAUCCUCGGCAUUGAACAGGUCGAGGGUCUACACAAUGGGAACGCUACGGGGCUGAAGCGGAAAAGACAUGAAGACCAAGAUGAAAAUCGGGACUUCAACAGUCAUUCUGAAGACGACGUCAAGAGACAAAGAAGUCAUUACAACGGCGACCAAAUAUACUCUAAUCUAUGGUCAUCGUCGAAGUGGAGCCUGAAAGACGAGUACAAGCUGCUAUCGGAGUUGGGAGGCGCGGCGGGUGGAGCGACAGGCUACUACGGAGAACUGUUCGAUGCGCCAUACGAACACGCUGCGCACCCACACUACACGCCGCAUUCUGCAACGAACGACUCGACAGGGUCAGUGGGCGGCGCGGGCGAGCCUCCAUCAGCUGCCGCGAGCCCCGACGCUGCGGCGCUUGUCGUGCUUCAGCCGCCGGCGCCGCCGUACCCGCCGUACGCGCACUAUGAUGGCACGACGACACUAGCGAGCGAGUACGCGUAUGCGGCGCCCUACUCACAAUACUCCCCGUACGGCGGACCCUAUUCGCAUUCAGCUGCCACUGGAUUGCUGUCCAAGUGAUAUCAAAGGACGCCGUGCGAACAAUAGCGGUCGGCGAACAACGAACAAAACUAAGUGAGAAUGGACACUCUUUAUACAACACAUUUGUGAGAUCUUUGCGAGUAGUUAAACCCUUUUUCAUUCCUUUAGACAAUUUCCAUUAUGUAGAUAAAUUAAUGUGACAAACGUGUACAAUACGGUUAUUUCUUUUUUUGUAAUUCAUCAGUGAUGUGGUCAGUAUCGCUAUCAACUUUGCUUUCUGAAAUUUUAAUGAAUUAUUUUCUUUUAAUGAAUUGUAACGAGAAAUUCAUUCUUACUCAUUAUAUUUAGUAAAAGAUUUUAAAUAUGGAAUGAGAGAGCCAAAGUGUUGAUAAGUCUUCAUUAAGACUAAGAUGUAAAUAAUGUAUUUUAAUGAAACUUAAUGUAAUUCAUUAAUGUCAUAAAUUAGUGAUAAGGUGAUUCUCUUGUUUCUGUACCUCAGAUAUACAAAUUAUGAUGUCGAUGUAUUAUGCCAGCAUUGUUGGAUUUCUUAGUUAUUCCUCAGUUAUUAUUUAAGCUGUCUUGUGCACAAAAAUAUAGAUUCUUGCAUUAAGUAUAUUAAAUCGUUAUAGUUAUCUAACUUAUUUUGUAUUGUUAAUACUUAAUUAUUUAAAACAAAUGCUCCAAAAACGUAGCUUCAAAACAAAUGUAUGUGAAAGUCAUCCAUUUAGUGUAUUAUUAUUUUAGAUUAUUUUGAAAUUACAAUGAGAUUAUUCGUGUUUUUAUUUUGUACUUUUUAUAUAAAAAGUUAGUUUCUAGUUAUAUGUAUACAGCUUGUUCAAUUGUUUCGUGUAAAUUUAGUACUUGGCUUGCUGUAUGCCAUAAAAUAAUAUAUACAAUUUGAUAUGUUCAAAUCUGACUAGAUAUGUUAUUUUUAUUAUUAGUUGCCGAGCCUAUCAUUUCCGUCCAUUGUAACUUUAUUUUCUCUCAUUUUUUUGAGAUUUUUUUUGUGUAAAUAUUGCCUUUAGGUGUUUUUUCAGUAGCCCAAUAAUCACAUGCUUUUAAAAAGUAUAUAUUUUUAUUUUAAAACGAGCGUUAACACAUACAGUUUAGAGGAACGCCAAAGACCUAAGUAAUAUAAUAUCUUAACCCAGUAAAUACAUGUCUAGUGGUUUUAAAGCAAUAUAUUUUCGCCAAAGAUUCAUUAUAGUGAGUCGUUUUAUUAAAAGCAGAUACACUAAAAACCCAGAUUUUAAUACCUCAAUUUAUUUCGUAUUUUUUUAUAUUCCUUUUCUUUUUAUCAAAUGUAGAAAGGCGCAUUUCUUUUUAUUAUUUCCAUUUAUUAAUAAUUACAAUAAUUAAAAGUAUUUAAAUGAAUUAUUAUUUUGAAUUAAAUGAAUUCAA